GGCAAGUGGGAAGGCGCGCUGAUCGCCAAUAUGGUCGCCAUCUUACGAGAGCUUCUAAUAUUUGUCAAGUUCAGCGGUAAAUUUAAAGAAUAAACGUAGUGAAAGUACUUUUUCAUUACCUGCCUUGCGACAAUCUAGGGAGAACUAGCGAGAGCUCAAUCAGCACUAAGGAGAAAGAAGCAGUUUAAACGUUUCGCGCUGUACAGAAAAUGGUAAAACAUUUUAUUAUUACAAGAGAAUGGUGUCAGAACAGAGCUGCAGUAGUAUCAUACGACGAAAGGAAUUUUCGAUCACGUGAAUUGCGCGUUAGUUUUAUUAUUUCUAUCGUGUCAAAUGUAUUUCGUCGCAAUUAUUUGAAGCAGCUAAUCAAAUUGAGUACGACUUUGAUGUGUUCUUCAGAACAGGCUGCUCGGUCACGUCAGCCAUCUGGCGGCCAUUUUGUAUACAUGGCUGCUCGGCGAAGCCUCUCCCCACUCUUAGCCGCACGCCAGUCACUAAAGCGCGGGCUAAGGUUCAAGUUGCAUUUUAGAUGCGAGCGAACGCACAUCGUUUUCGGUUAGUGGUCAUGAAUUAAGUGAAAUCUUGGGUACUUCAACGAAGAUACAACAACUUGUGCGGGUGGUGUCUCGGUGUGGACUCUGGCGAUCGACAAUUCGGGGAUCGAGCCCACUGGAACGGUGGAGGGUGAUUCGGCGGCGUUGACCGUUUCUGGAGCAGUAAAUAUUCGACCGUACCAGAGUUACAAGUGAUUGGAUAUUUUUGGAGGAUCCCAGAAUAAUCACCGCGUCAAAAUAAGAUCCGUUCCAGAGUCGAUAUGAGGCAAUUACCGUGGAUCUCGUACUUCCUCCAAUUACUUCUGUUGACCUCGCUAUUCACCCCGGGUUUAUCCGCGUCGACGAGGUCCCGCGGGAAGAAGAAGAUCGCCAAGGAGACGAAGGAGCCUAACAUUUGUGUGAUCGAAGGCAGACAAGCACCUAUAUACUGUUACUGCGACAGCAACGCCAUUAAAAAUGCUACUGAGGCUACUUGUGUGGUGCUCAACCCUUUCAACUCGAACGAUCCAACCUGGAACUACUUCAAUUCGCAGAUAUACCUUCAGAAAUUGACGUUCAUCGUUAGAACGCCGAACGGGUUGGAUUAUAUAUCUGUACCGGUGCUGAGGCAAUUAAAGAACCUGCAUGUCAUCUCGUUCCAAGAUGCAAAUAUCGAAGAAUUGACCGAAUACGCGUUCUCGAAUCUACCUACGAUCGGGGAGAUCAAUUUGAACAGAAAUUCGAUCGCUACAUUGAGGAUGCACGCGUUCGAAAACAUGAAGAAUCUGUCGAUGAUCAAUUUGGACGAGAAUCGGAUCACUGAGAUCAACAGAGACACAUUCGUCAAUCUGCCCUCGCUGAAAAUCCUCUACCUGAACGAGAACAACAUCAGCACCCUGCACGAUAAGGCAUUCAAGCAUUUAACCUCGUUAGAGGAACUCGAGCUGUUCGAUAAUCAGAUUAAAGUGAUAACAGCGGACAGUUUUCACGGUCUGAGGAAUUUGAUCCGGCUGGACCUUCGUAACAAUUUGAUUGCAAUGAUCGGUGAUCGUACAUUCAUCGAGAUGCCAUCGCUCAGAGAAUUGGAACUCGAUCAGAACGAGAUCGUGUACAUAUCGGAGAAGGCAUUGGAUGGUAUGAGGAACCUGAAGAAGCUACGACUCAGUGAUAAUAAGUUGGUUACCCUGGAACCAGAUUUCCUCGCUGGAGCACCUGGAGUUUACUUCCUGGAUCUCAGGGAUAAUCUUCUGAAGACGAUCACCUUCGACAAUGUGAAGCCCAUUGUGACCAACCUGUACAACAGCACCAGCCAUUUUUACCUGAGCGGAAAUAAACUGAUCUGCGACUGUAAAUUGGCAUGGAUCUGGGGGCUGAGGAACGAGACGAAGAACCGGAAGCUACGAGUCGGCCUGGAGGAACUCACUUGCUUCCUGGAGAGCCAUAACACGACUCUGAAGAUCAACAACGAGAAUCACGAAUGGAACGAGGCACUCGAGAUUGCACGAAAUCAAGAAGAAUAUCUUGCUGGAAACUCAAGAGGUGGUAGCGUCGACGAAGACGACGCUUACUUGGGCGACGAGUACGAGGGUAAAGAUGGAUACGAGGAUUCCUCCUCAAAUUCCGAUUUUCAGCCGAAGAUGCUGAUGCUGGAAGGGAAGAUGGGUUACGUGAAGAAUUUAUUCGAUUUAAAAUUAGAGGAACUCCCAUGCCCGGAGCCCUCGAGAGAGGACUUAAUGGCAUCCGAGCAACCCUCGGGUCGCCACGAGAACGCUCGUGUCGGUUCGUCAGGGUCUAUCUGGUCCUCUUCAUCGUCCAAACCUGUUCAUCUCGAUUUAUCCGUCCUCGCGUGUUCCCUGAUUCUUUUCUUGUCGGUAUUAUUCACGUAGAAGAGGCUUUGCUCAUCAAACGACCCACGAAACAGAUCAGAAGGACGGCCCGUGGACGAGGACGAGGACGUUUCUCGGUAUUCUGAAAUAUAAGCGUGUAUUAUCUAACGAAUCGCGCUGGUGUGUGCGUGUGGGUGUCGUGUGUGUCCUCGGAGACUCGAUGAUGAUCUAACGAAUUUAGGACACUUCGAACGGCCUGUACGAAAUGAAAAUGAAAGAGGUGGCUCUUCGUCGUCUCCUAAGAGGACAUCUUGUUAUCAGUGGAAUCAUUUUGAUGAGACUUCAGUAUGUUGAUGAUAAUUGAUGGAGAAGGUUGUGCAAUGAUCGAGCUCAUGAUUUUUUAGAAAUUGAGUACAUUUUCAAUUUUUCAGACAUUUGACAAUAUUUCAUUGGUAGGUAAUUGAAAUUGUAACUUAAAAUUCCAGGUGGGCAUUGCGAAUAAUUUAGAGUUCAAAGCUGAUAAUAAUUUCAAAAUUAAAUCUUCAAUUUUGAAAGAACAGUAAUAAUUUGAUUGCUAAUUAAUAUUGGAGAUUAAAACUUCAAGUAGACGUUUUGAAGAAUUAAAAUUAGGAUGUAAGCUGGUUAUGCUUUUAAGUAAUGAAGCUUUCAAAUUUUGGAGAUAAAUAUAAAAAUGAAAUUUUAAUUUCUAUAUCAAAAGGCACCAUCAAUUAUAAAGCUCAUGAGCUGUCAUUUUGACAAACAGCUAGAAGUGUGUCUCGAGUUUGACGGAGACGACGUUGAGUCGAAUCACUUGUUUCUUUCCGGCGAUCAGGAUGCCACGAGUGAUUCCAUUGUCGUGAAAGUAUCAUUCAAAAGCUUGUGAAUCGGUGAGGACACGUCGGAAACGUGGUGAAUUGGAUAUCGAGCGUGAUACCACGAGAAAACACCAACGCCUGGAAGUGUUUGAACAUCCUCAAAAGAAGGUACACUCUGAUUCAAUUUCUAUAUCCUGUCUUUGUAUGAUAUCUUUUUAGUAACCAUUUUUUUUUUCGGGGUAUCUCUUAUUCUGACGAUUCUAUUCUUUAGAAUAUUUAUAUACUCGUUGGGAAAAAGUCUUCGUGGUGAAAUCCUGAAACAUUUCAAAGAAUUUUCUUUUAUAAAAUUAUAAGUAUUUAUAUUAAUCAAAUUUUUGAAGAAUUUGAAUUUUUACAAGAAUUUUUAAAUAGAAUUAAUUCUCUUUCGUUUAUCAAUUUAGUAAUUAACGCACAAAUUUUAAUAUUCCCAUUAUAUAAUAUUGGCACCCUCUUUGUAUUAACAAAAGUGUUUGGUUUUAACAAAGAUACUUUACCGCGUUAAAAUCAUAAUUAAUAUUGAAGAUAUUCUAAUCAAAAGGGACAUUAAUAUAUCGAGCCUGCUAAAAUUGAAUAAUUUGCAUUUCGGAAUUAAUUGUAAUAUCAUUGCUCAUAUAAUAGAAACAACAAUCAUAUUGUAAUUAACAUAAUCAGUACCACUAAUCGUCAUAAAAUAAUCCCCCUAUUAUGUUCAUAAAGAUAGGAUAUAUUGUUGAGUCAAACCCUUUGAGGGACCCUUUUACAAUAAAUCCCACAGAUAAAAUGCAGUAGUAAAAUUUUUAAUCCAAUUUGAAUAAAAUUCAAUACGAAAUAAAUUCUACAAAUAUUGUUAGAUCAAAUAAACCGUUUCACAGUAAAUUCCACAAAAAUAUUCCAAUAGUAAAAUUUUUAAUUCAAUUUAAGUAAAAUUCAAAAUGAAAUGUACCAAAAUACGAAUAGAAAUAAAUCUUCUAUUGUCUGGUCAAAAUAUUUUUGAAGUCCAGUGAAACGAAGACUUUUUCGAUCGAGUUCAGAUCAUCGUCGCUUGCCUUGUUCGCAUACACGCAAACGCACACACAUAUAAGAUUGUUUUCCACGAGGCCAUGGCGAUUUCAGGCCAAACGUGUCGGUUCUCGCGAGAAUUUCGUUUCACUCGCGAAUCGAGUUCGACGAUGGGAAUAGAAGAAAAGUUGGUCGGUGGACGAUCCACGUUUAGUCAAUUCCCCGUGCAAUCGCGCCGGUUUUAUCGGCGUCGAGAUCGUCGUAGAUCGAGAAACUCUCGAAUUUCCGUGUCUCCGUCGCCUUUGAAACGCACAAAACUUUUCGAGACUCGAAAACUCCUUUGAAACGAUCGUUCCAAGAGUGGCAACGUUACCACCAAAAAUCUCUUACCGAUUUCAAAAUCAUCCCAUCACUGUCCAUUUCCUUUUUUUUUUCUUAUCUAAAUAUUCCAUUCGAAAUCGAAACGAAAAAUGUUGAAUUCAUCAUUUUUAUAUCAAUGAUCUCGACGUCUACGACGAUUCGAAUUUCCGGUGAAUCGUAUUUCCGACUUCAGCAGAAUCGCGACUAUACAUUAGAUGAAUAAAUUACCGAAAAUUCCGAGGCGUCGUGAUCGUUCCCUCCGAAUCGUGUCUACGUCGUCCCUUCGUCUCCGUCGAGGCUCCUUCAGCGAGCAACGUGUUAAUUGCGACGCCUAAUUGAACGUCAGACAAUCGAGAGCGAGCUCGUCGCCCUGAACAGAAUCUUCGUACGGAAUUUUCUAUGGUGUACAGCCGGACGAGGUGUAAAACGAGACGAUAAAAGAGCUGCGUGCUCGAGGAAUCGAUGCCUCACGAUGAUAUCGUCGUUGCUUUUGUAUCAUAGACGAGCGUUUCUUCUUCGGAUGAUUAUCUGUGAGUACCUUUGUUUCCGCUUCAUUUCAAAAUCUCAUCCCUCCCCACUUCUUUUUUUUAUUGUGCCAUCCCUUAGAUGUUAACUUAUUAUUCAUAGCUGUUAGAUAGAAGGAUUUUUAGGCUACUGUACAUUGCUCGUGCGAUUUUCGUGGAAAUUGUUUAAUUUUUUUCUUUGAAGUUGUUGGAUUACAGUUUGACAAAAUUACGAUAUAUUAAGUAUCGAUUUUUAAUAAUUUUAACAAAUUUUCAAUUGGGGAAAAAUAAAAGGUAUAGAGUUAAUUUACAUAAAUUAUAAAGUUGAAAAUUACCAAUUUUUUGCAAAGUCAAAACUCUUAUCCAUCAUCUUCAAAUAGAUCGAACAUUUUCCACGAAAAGCACAUUAAAUUUAUGACCAAAUAUAAUCACGCCUAAGUUCGAUCGCCUUCUAAUUAACUAAAUUAGCAAAUCCUGUGUGAGAUCGAUGGACCACGAACAAACUUGUCGAAUCAAUCGCCGAUUUCAAUUGUUUCUCGCUAGAAAUGGUUCCCCGCGUCGCUUUUAUCGUAACGUGAAACGAACGAAGAAUGAUAAUCCAUCGUGUCAGGAAAUUGGUCCCUGAUAAGGUGGACGACCGAUUGAUAACGUGGAGUAUCGCUUGCCCCAGCGCGAUCUAGCAACAGAGGACAGAAUAGCUAAAAAAAAAAAAAAAUUAUCGAUAAUGUUGAGAUUGUUUGUCAUAGUAUAUGCGUUAUCAUAAUAUAUAGAGUAUCGCGAUAUAUAGUAUAUGAAUGGUCGGACUGCAAAAUGACGUGGCCGGAGACGACGGGGUUUCAAGUUAAUGGAUAUUGAAAUUUGAAGAUUUUAACCCUUUACAAUCAAAAAUUAGAAAAUAUACUAUAAUUGAUUUAAGUGUACGGAUUUAUUUGAAUGGGAUGAAUUUUAGAAAUUUUCUAUAGGGAAAGGGUUGGUUGAACAGUUUCUGAUCGUAAAGGGUUAAUCGCUUCAAGAAGAACAAGUAUGGAAGUUGAUCCAACGAAUUAUACCGUGAAAAUCUUUUCUAUUCUAAUUCUAUCUCACCAGUGUCGUUAAAUAUUGGAAACGUGAUAUGGCAGGAGGAUUAUUUGAAUGCUAGAGGAAUAUUUUGUUCAGAAUUUUAAAAAAAUAAUAAACAGCGUAUCAUUUUUUCAAAAAAUUAUUAGUUGGUUAAAAUUCAUACUUUGAAGAUAAUGACGAGGUAAUAGAGUAGGUAAUUGUAGUAAAUAAUUAUAUUCAAUUUAUAUUGAAUUUUAAUUGAAACAAUGAAUAAAUGCAGCAGCUUGUAAUCUAAAUUUAUUCGUUAAGAAGGAAAAUUAAAUUAGCAUGAAGGAGAAAUCUCUUAGAAUAUAAUAAGAUAUUCCUGAGAUAAUAAUUCGCAAUCAGAAAUACUGCUGUCUGUAUAUUGAGAAACUUAUUCCAAUUAUAAAAGAAAAAUGUUAAAGUUUAAAUUGAAUAAAAUACUCGAGCAUUUCUGAAAUAUUCUUUAAAAAACGUAAGCUAAAAAUAUUACUCGUUAACGAUGUAGAUUCUGAAUCCUCGAAAAAAUUUUUUAAUUAAAUGAAAAUUUGUACAGAAAACUGAAUCAGAAAAGAGAGUUAUGAAGUCUCCACUUAAUAAUCUGUUUAAAUUUACAAGUUGAAGUUGAACUUCAAAGAACAAUAUACUUUUUCUUCUAAAUAUUACUUCGGAUUCACUGCAAAAAAUUCUGUAAUUAAGUGAACAAAUUAACAAAGAAAAAUUACUCAUUAGCUUUAUAAAAUAUGCAAAGAAGAAUGUUUCCAUGAAUAUCACAGAAUUUUUAUAAAUUAUAAAUGAAAAUUCAUUUUGAUUAAUUGAUUACCAUAGUCAAUUAUAUACCAUAUUUGACCAUAGUCAAAUUGGUCACCAGUAAUUAGUGCUAAAAAUUUAAUUGAUUUGAAUAAUCAGAGAUUAAAAUGGAGCAUUAAAAUUGCAAUUCAAUCUAGUUUGUAACAGAGUGUUUUUCCUCCUGUCAUUUCGAGUGAUUUUCGCUUAAACUCUUCAUCAUCGUCAUUGUCGUCAUCGUCAAAAGCGUCCUGCAAAAUGGCAUUUUGUGGCACGACGUCUGUUGUCAAUCGAGACGCACGCACGCGUACAAAGGGAGACAAAAAGAUGAAAAAGUAGAUAUAAAUAUAUAUAAAGAGAGAGAGAGAUGAAAGAAAAAGAGAGAACAAUAGAAUUAUGCGGGGUUACCGCGUGCGCCACGUUAUUCCGUAACACCUUGACUGCCGCAGUGGAAAUGGCCAUACGUAGUACGGCACAUUGUAAUAACGAUUACUAUGCACACCAUUAUCCUAAUUUUCACCUUUUAAUUUCCUACUUUUACACUAUUAACCAUUGUCUUAAUAUGAAGGUAUCUGUAUCCACUUUGACAUUUAAAAAAGUGAUUUAUUUCAAAAUCGUUUUGCACAUUUUUAGGUCUAUAUUCCAUGUCAAUUUUAAUACUUUGAUAUUUUACUAUAAAAUAUAAAAUGGUCAAAGGGUUAAACAGGACACUUAUGAAUAUUUUCAU